GGGAGAGGAGAGGGGGAAAAACUUUUAAUUUACGCUGGGGAAAGACGUGCCACGUGGAGAGCCGUGGCGUCUCUCGCCGAUUGCCAAUUGCCAGGAGCCAAGAGGCCGAAUAACGCCGAGCAUGACUAGGUGUCGAAAGUGCCUGAGCUCGACUAUCGACCAGUUCCUGCAUCCAUCUACAGUUGCAGGGCGGCCAAUGAACUUUAGAGCGCAGAAUACCUCGCACGUAUUGCGUCAGUCUUCUUUUCUGCAUGACGUUGACCAAAGCCAUCACAAGCCCAUGGCCGGUCAUGGAUCGCUGAGUUGAGCACAACCACGUGCGACAGGUCAACGACGACACGUGACUACAAAGCAUACAUUUGCUUCACAGAGUACCGCAGGCCGGCCGCUCGCGGUGAGGAUUUAAAAACAACUCAGGGGCAAUGCAAAACGUUAUCAUAACUGUUUA